AUGAAACGAAUAAAAGUAUAAGUUUCGUGCUGAAAGCAAAUAGUUCAGUGGAAUUUUGGAAUAACUGACAGAAAUAAUUGAUUAAUACCAUGGAGAUGAACUUUAGAUGAAAAAGAUCUAUUUCAAAAUUAGGAAUAUGUUUUUUUUCAUCUUCCUUUAAUCUUGAAUAGAUAUUGACGAAUGUGUCUAAGGCAAGGUGAAGUGUUCCUCUGAUGGCAGUUGUGUUAAUGUUAUGGGCUCAUACGUCUAACUUCUCCGUCUCUUGUAACUCGUGUGUAGAUAUUGAUGAGUGUACAUCAAGCAAACACGAUUGUUCCUCUGACGGCGACUGUGUUAAUGUCGUGGGUUCAUAUCAGUGCUUUUGCGAAUCUGGAUUUACUGGCGAUGGUAAAAUUUGCCAAGGUAACAUUUAUUUUAUAUAAAAGUGCAAAGCUAUCGAUUACUCUCUUCAUCAGUCUUGUAAGACAGAAAUAACUGAUGCAAUUCGCAGGGUCAAUUGUUCUUAAAAUUACUGCUAAAAAAUGGUAAGUCUUUACAUGUUUAUGUAUCUGAGAAGACUGCCUCCACAUCAUAGUCAGCAAAAUUGCACACAGAAUGAUGCCGAACUUCUGGCAAACCUGUGAAUCCGCGACCUCAACACAUUACACUUUUCAGUAGAUUCUGGGAAACGCCAAAAAACAACCCCACCUCUUCUGAUAAUUUCCCACAUCUUGAUUAGUCUCAUAUUCCAUUUCUACUUAGAUAUCGAUGAGUGUAACGAUGGAAGCCAUGACUGUUACUUUGCGGCCGAUUGUACAAACACCGCUGGAUCAUUCGACUGCAGCUGUCGGUCUGGACACCUUGGAGAUGGACGGCACUUUUGCUCAGGUAUAUCUUGAUCUUUAACCCAAAACACAAACAAAUGUGAGUGAAUAGUGUGGUUUGAACAUAACCACAGUUAUUCUUUAAUUACUUUCCUCAAAUAAAUCAAUUUAUUUGCGUUACCAUUUCAAGACACGAAAACCUGAGGCUUUAUUUGAAACCUGGCAAACUUUUUAACAGAUAACUGGGAAAAGGUCAACAUCGAUCCUGUCUGUUUUGGGACAAAAAAUGACGACCACGGAACUUUUGAUAUCCGAGAAGCCGGUCAAGUCUACACUUUCAAACUCGUACAUACAAGUGGCUCCGUUACAUGCGACACUAAUCGCUCACCGACCAAAUGGGGAUGCUUACGGCCAGAAUACGGAAAUUAUAACCUGAUGACAGUGAUAACAUACAGCAACAAAACUGUUCUUCCACUUGCUGAGUUCGUGAAAAGUAACACCGAAAACAAACUGUAUACUUACCAACUUGAUGGUGCUGAUGUCAACUCUCCCAUGCUUGUGUUUAAUUUUCUCCCCAUGCCCUUGGUUGUAUCUGUUGGCCAACAGUUCCAAAUUUGGUAUGCGCAUGACCUGGUUGGUUCUACCGAGUAUAAUAACGAUGGUGAGACAUGUGCGGACGUUUAUGCUUUGUACCCUUUAAACUGAAAUUCAGCAUUGAACUAAAUCUGAGAUUUGGAAGGUCGAAAGUUUAUUUAUGGAGAUCAAAGUUUUAAUUUGAUUUAACAAGAUCAAGUUAGAGUCAAAUUGAGAGAAGAAAAAGUACGCCUGAAAGAUUAUUAAAAUGUCAUGGGGGAGAGGGUGAAAAUAGGCGUGUGUUGCUGUUUUGAAGGCUAGAGCGUAAUCUUCGAAGAUCAUUUGGCCAGCAUGCCUACUCAUGCCUACCGAAAGUGAAUGUAAAGCGCGUACUAUUAAGUUAGAAGUCAGCCCACCAGAUUAACUCAAAGUAAAUUAGAGUCGAUCAGAGAGACAAUCAGAGUUUAUCAGUCAGUCUGAGUUAUAACGAGUUAACUCAAGAGGGAUGAAUUUUCUGUAAAUAUAAUUGUAUAAGAGAACAUAUAUCAAAGAAGAUUGAAAAGGACGGAUGGAGGAUCCUUGGUGCCUUUCGCCGAGCGAAGUUCCAUCUGCAGUAUUUCAGAAACCUUUUCUACAGCGGUUGCUAUAAUUAUUAUUUAGAAAGUUGAGACCUGAACAAUACCAGAUAUAACGUUCUCAUAUCAAAGUAGUUAGAUUUUAGCAUUAGCUUGGAAGAGAAGUGUCAAAUACAUUUAAUCAGUGUGGUUUCAAGUAAAAGAAGGGGCCGAGAAAAAUUCAUUUAACAUUUUAAAAUUAACAGACCUUCUUAAAUUUAUCAUCAUGUGAUAAAUUUAUCAUAUCAUGUGAUAUGUAACCAAGUUCCAAUUAAUUUCAGUCACGGCUGUUAUUUGGGAAUGAUAACAGAAGACGGAUUGAAUAAAUUCCACAUGUUUGUCGGUCUCUUUCGAGCUCGCAUUUUGUUCAGUUCUAGUAAUUCUGAGUAAUUUUCAUUUUGAAUGGUAUACGCGCUAUUUGAAUGGUAGAAUUGCCAAAAGUGAAUUUAAAAAAUCGAAUAUUUGGAAGUACUUUACCAUUUUUCAAUCCAUAGAUUCGAGAUGGCCAAUUAAAAAAAAAAAAAUAGUUGUGUAUUGGAGACGAGCUGUUCACAUGGCUAUGGCUUGCCUUGUAGCCCCUUAUGAUUCUUAUUCAAUUAGACAAACAGUAACGAUAGAGGGAGACACAGACAGAGACGUUCAGCCUGGUUUUUUUAAAGGGAUGAUAACACUAUCUACUGGAUAAACUGCUAUCCGACGUGCAGCGCAGUAGGUUUCGUUAUUACUUAUCGUCUGGAUAACGAUUUAUCCGUUGUAUAGCAAUGCCCUUUAUCUGUCCUUUAAAAAACUGGUCCUGAUGGACAUGUAGCGAGAUUGACGAACACUGAAACAGGCCUGAGAGAGAGAGAGAGAGAGAGAGAGAGAGAGAGAGAGAGAGAGAGAGAGAGAGAGAGAAAACAAAAGGAGCUUCGUGAGAAAGAACUGAGUAGACGAAAAGGUGGCGGACUAUCACGGAUACAGCAGAUACCACCUCCAAUGUAUUACAUUUUUUAUUCUUUUUAUAUUUUAUUAACUUUUAUAUAUCCUGUGCUUCGUUGUAUGGAUAGAUCUUUACGAAUGUAUCAUAAAUAAUGACGAUUGUUCCUUUUACGGCGACUGCACUAACGUUGUGGGGUCAUAUCAGUGCACAUGUAGGCAUGGAUUUACUAAAGAUGGGAAAAACUGCCAAGGUAAGCCUUUACAUCAGUGAAAUUCGACCCUCCGAUAACAUGGCAAGGAGCAAGUACAGUGAGAAUUGUUCCACAUCUGAUCUCACGAGGAACGUUAAAAGUUGUCAAAGGAAUUAAAAUCCCUAAGUUGGAGCAAAUAAAGUUAAAUGUAAUCUUAUUAAAUGAAUGAUCUCAUCCAAGAUGAUAUGAGGAGCAAGAGAAUAUCAACUGUUGAUAUUCAAUUGAUACUCUCUUGAUGUUCUCUUUGAUGAGGAAUGAUAUCAAUGGAACAUUGUCGUGACGCAGCAAACCCUGAAAAAUGGAUCAUUGAGCGAGAUGAGAAAAUAAAUGAAUAAUGGAUGCUUUGAGACAGUACAAAAUUAAUGAAAUAUUUUUGUGAUAUUGUAAAUUCUGGAUAACUGAUAUUAGGGCAAGAACAGAAACUAAACGAAUAAUGUUGUAAGUUUCGUGCUGAGAUCAAUUAGAUAUAAUUCUGGAGGACCUGACCGGGAGAUUUGAAUACAGAGGGAGACGGGCUUUCGGAAGAGAAAGGAUUAAUUAGAUUAUACGGAAUUUCAUACUUCUUUCGUUUUCGUGGAUCUUGAAUAGAUUUUGACGAAUGCGCCUUAGCCAAAGACGAUUAUUCCUGUGAUGGCAACUUUAAACCUGGAUUUACAGGUGUUGGUAAAACAUGCCAAGGCAUGUUUUUAACUAGAAAAGCCAACAGGCAUGCAAUAACAAGGGUACAGACUGAUUGUAAAGAAAAGGGAAUCAGCACAAAAUGUCCUACUCAAGCGACACACCUUGCUCAAAGGUAGAAAAAUGGUUGAAGCAUGAAUGAUUUAGAAACCUACUAACCGCAACAGCAAUUAAAUUUUGUUAUCUUUAUUUUUUCGCAUUGAUCUUUUUGCAGAUAUUGACGAAUGUGCUCUGCAAAAACACAGUUGUUCGUCUAACGGGGAAUGCGCCAAUAUGGUGGGUUCAUAUCAGUGUAUGUGUAAACCUAAAUUUACCGGCGAUGGUAUAACUUGCCAAGGUGAGAUUUUUAUUUACUUGGAAAAACAGUUACGAUAGAAUAAGAAACAGACAGAGAAAGACUGAAGGACAUGUUGAGUGAUUGACAGAAACCGGAGUAGGCUGAAGGAAAGAGAGGAAUAUGAUCGUAAGGAACACAUGGAUGAAGCAGAAACUACCUCAUUUGCGUAAAAUUUUUAAUCUUUUCUUGUUUUCGUUUUUUAUGCUUUGUCUUGUUCCUUCUAUUUAAUUUGUUUAUUUCUAACUUAAUUGAUUCAUGAACAGAGCUUUACGAAUGCAUCACAAACCAAGACAAUUGUCCCUGAGAGAAUGGGCUGGGCAUGCAGUGACUGUGGACGUGUCUUGGUCAGCUCCGGCCUUUAUGGAUGAUUUAAUACCGACACUGAAAAGGAAAAAUAGAAAAGGUAGCUUUAAAUCGUCUGCGGAAGACAACUCGGAUAAUUAACGGAUAAUUUAAGCAAAAUUAAAUAUGUUCAAUGGUCGUUUCCUGUAAUCCAAUUUGUCAGUUUUAAGUAGGUUACGUCGGUAACAGUAGUAUAUGAUUUUACCAGGCGAUAUGUUGUUAAUCCUCUACACUAUGACGAGGUGUAAAUAGGCGUCAGGAAGUAAGCCGCCAUCAUCACGAUUUAAAAGAGCGUGGGCGGAGUUGAUAUGCCAGGCUUCCAAACAAAGGCGCUGGUGGUAACGUCGAUUAGUGAUGAUAAUUGUAGACUUAUCCCACCCAAUUGUAUGGUUGUUUAGGCGUGUGUGCUUCGACAAAGCUGAAUUUUCUUUUUCGCAAAAGAAGACCACUUUUUGAUGCUCUUUCAAACGUGUACCAAACUGACGUUUGGUCUGUCCGAUAUACUCGUGACCACAGUCAUUGUACGGAAUAAAAUAAAUAGCGUCGGUUCGUAUUUAUUCUAUUUAUUCUAUUCCACGGCAAAAAGUUCGAAUUUCCAUAUCGGGGGAAAGUGAAAGUGAAUUUCUACCUUAUGUCCGUUUUUUACCAAAACAUCUUUCUUAAUUUAUUCAUUUCGGUGAAUUGUAUUGUUUACAUGGUGUCAAUACUCAUUAACAAGGAAAACGUCUGUUAUUGAAAAAAUUUUGUUUUCAUGAGUUCGCCGUUUUGUUGUAAAUUUUUUGCAAACGUUUUAGAGCUUAUUAAAAGAAAGGAAAAAAAUUCGAUUGAGGGUUAAACAGGUAUCCAUCGAUCUCAGUUUGCUUAGUGUUUUCAUCCUUCUCAUAAAAUAAUCAUAACUCAUAAAAUAAUCUUAUAAGGGACCUAAAGCAGCAAGGAAGGCAAAGAUAAGGAAGACAUCAAUUACAAAAUGAAUUGAAUUUAUGUUUUAAGUUAGAAUUUCGUCUCUAAAGGAGGGGCGUCUCGAAGUGUUUAGUACCAAACAGAAACUUCAAUGAUAGUGUCAAUCACUUGAGUUUGAGUCUUAAAUAAGACCAAAUUACUGAAUUUCAUCUUUGCAUUUUGUUUUUUUUUCCCAACUUCCUGUUUGCACCACACUGGUAGCUGUAAUAGGUUAGUACAGAAUGAAAUUGUACAUCCCUCUCCGAAGGUGUACUUUUUCCCAAGAAUAUAUAAAAUAUAUUUCCUCUUAAAAAGUGAGAAUUUUUUUUCCAUUAUUUUCAUUAUUCAUAAGGAGAGAUCGAACUCCCAGUGGAAGACCGAAGUAAUUUGCGUUGGCUAAGUUUCAAGUUUACAGAAGGCUUGUUCUGAAUUUGUUACCCACCUUCUGGUAUUAUUCAUGCACAAUUAUGAUAUUGAUAUAAAAGGCCGAGUGUCAUUAUUUAAAGUUUGCCAUCAAGCAGCGGCUUAAGCCUAAAUUUAAGUAAAUUUUUUGUUGAGUAGAUUUCUUCCCUCCCGAGAGUGUUCGUUUAACUCGCUUAUCAUCUAACUAUAGCUGAUGUGCGUCCACCGAUAUUUCAUUAUAAAAACAAUUCUUCAAGUGUUCCGCAUCAAAAACGCCCCAAAGAUUUGAAAUUGAAUUUCUGCUUGAGAGGUAGGAAUAGUUCCUUUUGACAGUUUUAUUGAGGGUGAAUUGAAAUGGAGAUGUUUAGUCCAUAGUGUAUUUAGGAAAAAAAACAAUCGAACAGGCGAAAGUAUGAUAUGGAAUGUAACAACUAUGGCCGAAAUAUUAUGAGAAAAAUGUAGAGAGGUAUAUUUCUUUUAGACUUAUGACAUACAAAUGUUAUUGAAACAACUGAACUAAAGUUAAGCAGAGUUGCAAUUCAUUAAAAAAAGAGAUGAUGUUGAAAGUAGCUCGAUAUGUUUUCUCACAAGUUUAAUUUAAUGCGAAAAUACACCACUGCGUGGUACAAAAUACGUCUUACGUUCCCUCGAUUCACUAAAAAUUGCCUAAAUAUUUCUUAACUUUUCAAACAGGAAAAAUAAUGGAGAAAAUGGAAUAUUACCUACUCUUCACUCUUUUUACAUGUCUGGAAUGUUUUUCUGCAAAUAACCAGUGCGGAUUAAGUAGCAUGGGAGGUAUGGCUCUUAAUUAUUUACGUUUUCAGGAUAUGAUUUUGUCAGCCCUCCAUAUUUGCUAUGUCCUGUGCGAACUAAAUCACCUUUCAGAGUUAACUUCCACAAAAACGAAAUUGUGAAAAACAGAAGAUAGUAACCAUUGUUGGUUCCCUUGAGUACCACAAGCCAUCCAAGAUCAUUGUAUUUCGGCGGCAUUUACCUUUGUAGCCUUUCUAAGAGUGAUUGUCCCCUGGAAUAUAUUGUUUACUCUCUUCACAAUAUAAUUGUUUGAUAUCAACCCUCACGUAUUGUGAGUAAAAGAAUAUUAGUUUUGACCAUCUCUCCUAAAAGAAAAAAGGUCGAAAGAAAUUAACUUUUUGGAAAUGUAAAUGCCGUACAAAAGGCUUUCGCGAUGAAGACAACUUGACUGAAUUACUACCCGUAAUAUGGAAAGGUUUGCCACCUGUUUAUGCUUUUUUGACAUAGCUGAUUAUAUUUCUCAUUGGUUUCUUUAUUCCUUCUUCCUCCCUCAGAUGAUUGUCGAGUGAUUGAAUUCAAAGAAGGAACAAAAAAUAAGAUCUUAACAAAUCACGUCAUUAGGAGAGAUCAACUUCCAGACAAGGAUAUUUGUGAAUUGAGAUGCUAUCUUGAACCAAACUGCGUGUCCUACAACUAUGGUCCACUGUCAGAUGGAACAUUCACAUGUGAGCUGAAUGACAGGACCUACUUACAAGUCCCCGACUCCCUCGAAGACAAAAGCGGAUUUGUGUACACAGAAAUUUUUAUAAGUACGGCCUGGUAACAUUCAGUUUUACAAAGGUGAUCAGUUUACGGGUAAAAAAACUCGGGUACAAUGUUGUUCCUUUUUAUGUUAUUUAUUUAUCUAUUCAUCAUGUUUUAAUUGAUUUAUUGUAUAAAGUGAUCUAUUUUUUUCUUAUCUUUCAGAAUCCUUGUGAGAGCAUUCCAUGCACCCAUCACGCCACCUGUCAAGCGGGCUUUGGUAACCAUGGAUACCGCUGUAUUUGUCCUGCUGGAUAUCAGGGAGUUCAGUGUAAAACAGGUGAGGGAAAAAACAUCUAACGAUAAAAUGAUGAGUUCAGACAGUUCAAUAUUUAAUUGACUUUACAAUAAAGUUAAGCAGCUAUAAUUUCCAAAAAAUAAUUCGUGCAACAUUACGGGGAAAAGACAGGAGAACAAGCAAUAGAAUCCUGACUUAAAAGAUGUGAAAAGGACAGGCAGGAAGAGGAGCAGAAAGAAAAUUACACAGAUACGUAGGGCCACUUUCAUAAAGUUGGACGAAAUGUCUCAUCCUGGAGAGUUUUUAGCUUUGGUUUUUUUUCUUAAAUUCUGUGUAGAUGUUGAUGAAUGCGUACCAGGAAAACACCAUUGUCCCGCAGAGCGCAAAGGUGUCAAUACUUUGGGUUCAUAUCAGUGCUCACAUUGUAGACCUGGAUAUAUUGACGAUGGAGAGACCUGUCAAGGUAAGAUUUGCAUACAAUGAAGAAGACAACAAAGACAAAAAGAAAAACGGAGGACACAUAUAUAAAGACCAGCAAAAACAAAAAACAUGUAAGUCAGUAAGUCUUGCAUAUCGAAUAAGAGAAAGUUGAUAAAAUUAGGUUAGCUACCAUUUAUAUCUUAUUCAGACAGACAGAUUAAGAGACAGACAGACAGAGACUAACGACAGAAAGUGGUAGAUAUAUGGGGAUACGAGAGGUAACUGAGUGGCAUGUUCAAGCCACAGAUGCACACUUAUCCCAUAGUGGUGGUUACGCUUGCUCUGUAAGCAUAUAGGCCACCAAGAUAGAUAUCAUCUACAGCUCAUUAGGCCUUGUUAAGAAUAACCAGCUAGGCCAAAGGCAGAGGCCAAAAACAAAGCCGAAAAAAGCCGAACGUGGCUACCAACUUAUUAGCUUUUUUUCUCUUCUUUUCUACUAUUAUGACUUCACUGCACAUUCCAUGCCCAACAAAGUUUGUUGAUUACAAAGUCUUCAAAUGUGGCAUGAGCAGAAUUUCCACGGAUGGAGUUUGCUACACUUACUGGCCUCUAGCUCUAUUGGAAUUCCUUCCCCCAUUUAUGAGAAAUUUCACGCGAGGUUUACUUUGCCUAAAGUUCGUUUAGUCCUUCAAUUUUUACCAUUUGAUUUUACUAUGUUUAGAUAUCGAUUAA